AAGCAUCGCUCACCCCCACGUGCAAGUGAUCACCUGGAGGCAGCAGCAAGGGCCCUCUCCACUGAGGCACACAAGGGGCUUUUUUUGGCAGAGAGGAAGCACCUGUGGUGAGAGAGCCAUGAGCUGUUAAAACAAACAAAAAGCAAAGCACACCCUGGACACUGGGCACUCCUGUGAGGUUUCUGCUCACAGACCACCUGCUUUGUGCAAAGAGAUUUGCAAUUACAAAGAAGAAUUAAACAAAGAAGAAUUGCAAACAGAACAAUCAAGCACCUGAAGAACCCAGCUGUGUGCCAGCAACACGUGUGCUUGGAGAUAAAUGAUAUGUAUGAUCUAUGCCAUGAAACACCUGCGUCUCGCCGGGUAACAAAAUCGUGUGGGCUCUGCCAUCCACAUGGGAUCCCCUGAGUGUGCUCAAGGGUAGGAGGCAGAAUCCCUGCCAAGGAAAGCGAAGUGCAGCCUGCACCAAAAGCAUGGGACUCAUCCAUAACUUCUGUGGAGCUGGGGCUGCUGUGGACCCCCAGAGGGCUGGGGACAGCAGGCUGAUGCUACCUCAGUCAUGAGCGGCAUCACUCUGGAUCUCUAGGGAAGUCAUCCAGGAAAAACCUUGAGGCACCAUUAAAAACUGAUAAGGAUAAAAGAACCCAGAUUCUGAUCUAGAAACUAAUUUCUGCAGAAAUACUUUUUUCCUCGUUAUGCCACAGAUGCUGAGCAUCAGCUCCUUACCCAAGAGGGUCCGGAUGACAUCACAUCCUCCCCAAAGAGCGACACAGCCUCCCAAGUGAAGGGACAAAGAUCAUCUCAGCUGCACUGCACCAGCCCCAAGCGCAGACACCCCAGGAGAAGAUGGACAGGUCUCCUGCCCUGCUCCUGCUGCUCACUCUGGGACUCUGCUGCCCUGGGAUCCAUGGCCAGUCACUUGAGAUGAAGGUCAGGUCUCCCAAGGACAUCACCCAGCUCCGGGUGGGGCAGAGGCUGGAGCUGGAGUGUCAGACUGACAAGAACAGUGGCGCAUUCUGGAUCCACCAGGACAAGAGUGGGACCCUUCACUUCAUCGUCUUCAUCAGUUCUGUUUCCCGGACCACAUUCAGCAGGGAUCAGAGAACAUCCCCUCGCUUUGAGGCGAGCAAACACAACUCGAUCUAUCUGUUGGUAGUGAAGUCUUUCACACCGCAGGACGAGGGGAAAUAUUUCUGCAUGAUGAAUUUCAACCAGAUGCUGUUCUUCAGCCCUGGCCAGCCUGCUUUCCUUCCAGUCACCACGACAGUGGCACCCACCACACGUGGACCCAUCCCCAAGCGUGGCAUAACUGAGGACUCCAACCCCAAGACUCCGGAUCCAGACAGAGGAACGCAGGAAGAUCUGGAUUUCUCCUGUCACAUCUUCAUCUGGGUCCCCUUGGCAGGUGCCUGCCUCCUGCUCCUCAUCGCCCUGGUGAUCACCAUCGUGCUGCGUCGACGAACCAGAAGACGAAGAUGCAGGUGUAAGAGACCUGCAAACGGGAAGCCCCCCACAAAACCCAGGACCCCAAACUAACACAAAUCAGCAUCUGCACCUUCUGGCUUCUGGAUCUUCUCCCGGGAGCUAUCAGCACAGAAAUCCACCUCCUACGUUAUCCACAAUGUGACUGCACCUCACCCACUCUGCCAGAUUUGAAGAGACAAGAUCUUGGGAGCACAGGCACACAGACAAGCAGCAGCAGUUCCCUGUGAACCACAGGGGAAAGCACAGCUCCUUCCAAACCCUGAGCUUCUCCUGUCAAUGCCCAAGGCCAGAGGCCGUCUCUCUUCCCAGUGAUGGGGUUCAGGCACAACAGCCAGGCCAAUCCUGAUGCUGAUGUGCCUCAGUGAGAAGCUGAUGAGAAAUAAGGACUUGAGCUGGACCUCUGCUCAAGGCUGUGAGCAAUUUCCUCCCAAAAUGCAGCCAAAGGUGGAAUUUGCUACACGAUGCCUUACAAAUUAUUAUCCUCACUCAACACAUCCUCUUGUUGUGGUACCCUCUCUCCUGGGGUUUUUAUUGUUUCAUGUAAUGGAAUAUUAGACUGCACUGAGAAGCUAAAUAUGGAUUAAAGGGCCUUAUUUUGGAGGUUUUUACAGGGGGCUAAGGUUCACUGUUCACCUCAUACUAGCCUGGUUCUGCUGCUACCCCCAACCCACCUAUCUCUGCAGGAGUUUGGCCCCAGCAAGGAAAGUGGGAUUUGCUUUCUUUCUGAGGGAAAUGGCUGAGGGAUCAAAAUAAAAAAAUCUUUGUCACUUGUUUUGGUUAAACAGCACAUUUAACAUGUUGAUUUUUUGAGGACGUGUUACAGACUACUGCAAGUUCUGUUUUUUCAGCUCUAUAUUUCAUGUAAAUAUUUCCUUAGUACACUUGCAAUUCAAGAACUGAGACAAAAAAUAAAAUUAUUCUAGUCAGA